AUGUUCUCAUUCCGGUUCCUGGGCCGAAAACUGUGUCGAUACAGCCAGGCCACAAUCGAUGUCAAGUUCUCGCAGGCCCUGGACCCGUCCAACCACAAAAUCCGUUCGCUAGAUCCCAAAGUUGUCGUUAUCGCCCCAAAAGAAGUGUACGGUAUCGUGAAAGUGGUUGAAGGAAGGUCAUAUCGAGAAGUCUCCAUUCCCGUCAUCAUUGAUGUUCGAUACUGA